AGCGGCAACCGGUGUGCACGCACCCAGGUAUGGCGAAAUGACAGACCCGAAUCCUUAACGGGUAGUCUUCGCCGGAGCGGUCUCACCAGCCACGGGUCGGAGGUCAGAGUCAACGGUAAAAGGAAUCGUAUGUCAAAUAUUUAACAUAGGUGAUCAAGGUACACAGAGGGAUACGUAAGCAAGACUUCGAGCAGGCUAACAAAGCAAACAGAAAGACGAAAGGCUUUCACUGAUUCAAACGUUGCUGAGAUCGGACGGAUGGAUCUGAAGGUGGCUGUCAUCCUGGCGUUGGGUAAGUUUAAAUUUAAGAGUUACGGCACAAUCGCGCCAGUGAUAGUCGUAUGAUGGGCAGGUCACGAGUCUUAGUGAUACUAAUAUGAUGGGCAGGUCACGAGUCUUAGUGAUAGUCGUUUGAUGGGUAGGUCAAGUGUCUUGUGAUAGUCGUAUGAUGGGUAGGUCAUGUGUCGCUUUGACCAUCGUAGAAGUCGCAAAUUAUUCUUGUUGAUGUAGGUAGGUUUCGCGGUCACCCCUGGGGGGGGUGUGAGGGAGGGGGUCGUUGAGUUUGUAACUCUUCACUUGAUGGGAAAAUACGAACGACGGCACAUCAAAGCUAAUAAAAUACUCGCUGGUCCACGGAGCAAAAGGCGAAUUGGUAGGUUUUCCUUUCUUUUUUUAAAGUGAACAGUUAUUAUAGAAGAGAGGAGUGGAGAGAAGGAGAAAAGGGAGAUGAGGUGAGGCAUCGACAACAUUUAACAGGGGAAAGCAAACUAUCCAGAGAAGACGAAAUGGGAGAAGUCAAAGGAGUAGGGAGAAGUGGGCAAGGAGUAACGGUUUCAGUCUAUAAAGAUAUUUAAAAUGGAUCUGUUGAGGAGGAAAUGUGGUAGAGAAAAAAAAGGGGGGGGGGUAGUUUAGGGGGAAAAAGAAGUCUUACAACCUACCAUUAAAUAGGUCACAUUUAUCAUGUUCUUGAAAGUCUCACUAUCAACCAUUAAAUAGGUCAUAUUAUAUCAUGUUCUUGAAAGUCUCACCAUCUACCAUUAAAUAGGUCACACCAUAUCAUGAUCUUGAUAGUCUCACCAUCCACCAUUAAAUGGGUCACAUCAUAUCAUGAUCUUGAUAGUCUCACCAUCCACCAUUAAAUGGGUCACACCAUAUCAUGAUCUUGAUAGUCUCACCAUCCACCAUUAAAUGGGUCACACCAUAUCAUGAUCUUGAUAGUCUCACCAUCCACCAUUAAAUGGGUCACACCAUAUCAUGAUCUUGAUAGUCUCACCAUCCACCAUUAAAUGGGUCACACCAUAUCAUGAUCUUGAUAGUCUCACCAUCCUCCAUUAAAUGGGUCACACCAUAUCAUGAUCUUGAUAGUCUCACCACCCACCAUUAAAUGGGUCACACCAUAUCAUGAUCUUGAUAGUCUCACCACCACCAUUAAAUAGGUCACACCAUAUCAUGAUCUUGAUAGUCUCACCACCACCAUUAAAUGGGUCACACCAUAUCAUGAUCAUGAUCGUCUCACCAUCCACAAUUAAAUUGGUCACACCAUAUCAUGAUCUUGAUAGUCUCACCAUCCACCAUUAUAUGGGUCACACCAUAUCAUGAUCUUGAUAGUCUCACCAUCCUCCAUUAAAUGGGUCACACCAUAUCAUGAUCUUGAUAGUCUCACCAUCCACCAUUAAAUGGGUCACACCAUAUCAUGAUCUUGAUAGUCUCACCAUCCACCAUUAAAUGGGUCACACCAUAUCAUGAUCUUGAUAGUCUCACCACCACCAUUAAAUGGGUCACACCAUAUCAUGAUCUUGAUCGUCUCACCAUCCACCAUUAAAUGGGUCACACCAUAUCAUGAUCUUGAUAGUCUCACCAUCCACCAUUAAAUGGGUCAAACCAUAUCAUGAUCUUGAUAGUCUCACCAUCCACCAUUAAAUGGGUCACACCAUAUCAUGAUCUUGAUAGUCUCACCAUCCACCAUUAAAUGGGUCACACCAUAUCAUGAUCUUGAUAGUCUCACCAUCCACCAUUAAAUCGGUCACACCAUAUCAUGAUCUUGAUAGUUGGCGUAAUAGAUCUGUGGUGAAAAAGUAAGAGUGGUGUGGGGGUCGACAUUACAUUAUUAAUAUAAUUCAGGGGCGGGGCAAACAGGGGUCGGAGAUAAACUAAUGGGUUAUCGUAUAAAUCGUUGAUGGCGUCCUAAGCACGACACGCCCCCCCCCGGGCAACCGCCCCCGGGCAACCGCCCGAGCAGCCGGUACCUCGGGCCGGCGCCGGGUAUUUGGGCUCACAGUUGAAAACGAUCGAUGCCCGUUGUAGGGCUUGGUUGUAAAGCACCAAGGUUUUUUUUCUUUCGGAUACACCUGCAAGGUAGCAUGUUAAAUGAUAUAGUGACCAGCUAUAAGGCCGCACAAACACUGGCGGCUGUCAGUUGGGAACCCCACAUCAACCAAAGUUACUUGACGAAACAUUGGAUACAAAUCCCAAUUAGUGCCCCCCCCCCCGCCCCCCAUAUUCGCUACCGCCCACUUUUUUUUCUCCACUACCUUGAACUAUAAUUACUAUUCUACUACCCCCCACCCCAUUUUAUACCCCAAAUUCAUUAAAAAAACAUCAUCUAACCUGAGAGUAUGGACGAGAAAACAACAAUAAAAUAUUGCGCAGCAAACGCGCUAGCGGUAUUUUUUGUAGGAAUCUCAUUUAGCGCAGUUAACGGGGGAGUUUUUAUUUAGUGAAAUUGUCGCUCAUUGGUGGUGUUCGUGACAUAGAGCGCCCAUGGGUGGUGGCGUUCGUGACAUAGAGCGCCCAUUGGUGGCGUUAGUGACAUAGAGCGCCCAUGGGUGGCGUUCGGGAUAUAGAGCGCCCAUUGGUGGCGUUAGUGACAUAGAGCGCCCAUGGGUGGCGUUCGGGAUAUAGAGCGUCCAUGGGUGGCGUUAGUGACAUAGAAAUGAUGUAUUUUGAUACUGUGGAGGGGGUUUCAGACGCCAUACAACAUAAUACAGAAUAAUAUCCAAGUACGUAAUAUUCAAGUCGAUGAGCACUUUUAGCUGCAUCAUGGUUUAAAGUCCCUAGUGAAAGAAACUUGAAAUGUCUCCCGCUCUGAUGGAUAGAUACAGAGCCUUCGCCUGACUUUUUUUGAGGGCACCCCCCCUCAGCCCUCAAUCGCCACUUUUCGUUUUUUUGAGGGCCCCCCCCCUCAACCCAAAAUCGCCAUUUUUUGUUAAAAAAAAAAAAAAAAAAAAAAAAAUUAGUUUAAUGUACUGAAAAGAAAAAAAUACUUUGAAAUAAUUGACUUGCCACAUCACAACUAAAGCCCCUCAAAAGUCUGAGGCCCCUCCCCCCACACACACAAAUGCUUUUCGUAGGUGUUGCAGGGCCCCACGCGACGGUUCUCAAUAUAUACGACAUUUGAUACGGAAAUAGUUGCGCCGUUCAGCAUAAACAUUCGCGGCAAAAGAUUUGCUAGCAAUAAUUGGGCAUGUCUCAUAAUAACGAAUGCAGGGCCAUAGGAUUUCAGUUAUGAUAGUUCCGAUGGGUACCAAUAAAAGUUACUCUUCAAUGUUCAAAAGGUAUGCUUUUUUUAAAUUGAUCACGUGAUCGUGCUUCUUUCCUCCCCCCCCCCUCCAGCGUGUUGUGCCACGUCAUCUGCAGAGACUUGCAGCGAGGGACUGUUACGAUGUCAAAACUCAUUCACUCAAUCAACCGGUGACAUGUGAGUCAUUGAUUUUGAUAGUUUAAAAAAAAAAAUAAUAAACAUUUUGAAAUAUCAAUGGAUUGUUUUAUGAGCUUCUUAAAAGAAUUAUAUAGAUUUAUGUUUACAGUUGUGUGAUUAAUCUGGUGUUAAUGGACACAUGCGCUUCAAAGCUCAUAUCUCAUAUUUGUGCAUUUCUUGUGGAGAAACGCGUUUCAAGCUAACUUGUUCCAAAUAGAUGUGUGUACUUCUUGUGUGUACUUUAGAAGCGAACGUUAUGGCCUGAAGUUUAAUGUACGAAACAGGUAAAUACUGCCUGAAUUACUGAGACUUAAGACGAGAAGAGGAGUGUGUCACAUGGCAGCGAUGUCCUCCGUUUCGAAUGAGAUGUUAGACUCCGGGACGGCAUUCUUCGGAUGCUGUUGGGCCAGGAGUCGAAUCUUUAAUAAACAGCAUUAUAAGCAUAAGCAUUUGCUCUGCUAUGUGUUCAGUUCAUUUCAAUGACCAGCCCUAAUUUUUAAACAAAAAAUGUAAUAAUGCAUUAUUAUUAUUGUCAUCAUUAUCAUUAUUAUUAUCAUUAUUAUUAUGAUUAUUAUUAUCAGUAUUAUUAUCAGUAUUAUUAUCAGUAUUAUUAUCAGUAUUAUUAUCAGUAUUAUUAUUAAUUUGGUUUUACUGUUGAUACCUUUCUCUAGGGCCAGCUCGUCCACAUACUACUACUGUGUUGCCGGAGUCGUGUGCGACAUGGGCACUGUGGAGUACACACAGCAACAGACCACACUGGCCUUGCUUCAGAAAGAACUGGGCUACCGUAAGUUGCCGUGGCCGACAGACGACGACCACCAGGGUUUUAGCAUUGGCCGUCCCUCACUUGUCUACAUUGUUGAGCAGUGCAUUAACGGUGGGGGCUGUGUUUAGAUAUAUAAAGUCAACAUGGACUUACUGGUCUUAGCGGGAAAGAUAAAUGAUCGACAAAAAAAAAACAACAACAAAACAACCUUAUAUUUCAAAAAGCACGAGUACCCCGCAUAGUUCAAUAAAUGGUCUUCAGCAAUUUAGUCUCCAAUCAACACCGUCGCCGUGCUAGUGUCAUGGGCGUCUACAAGGGAGGGGGGGAGUACAUGCUUCUAAAUGGAGGUAGAAAGGGAGGGGUGUAAAAAUAAAUCAUGGUUCAUUUUCUUCUCUCCGAACAUUUAAAAAUUUAGACAUGACACUAUGACUAAAUGACAAUAUGGUAAUAUGACAAAAUGACAACUGGAAAAAAGGAAAAAAUUGAUUAAAUGAAAAUUUGGCAACAUUUUUUGCUGGCAUCUGUCCGUCACAAUGUGACGAUGGAGUAGGCUUCUUCAAGGAUUAUAAAGCUGGUUCUCCACGCCGCUGGACAACCCAAGGAUGAUACAGCUUGGCACCAGUGACGUCGCAGGAGUUGUCGCAAUGCUUCAUAGUAUCAGAGUUUCCUUCUCUUAGAUGAGUUGCCGUCCAAGGUUAACGAGUCCCAUCUACCCGGGUGCUGGUGGUGUUUUUGCUUGAAUGGGCUCGGGCUGGAAUUGAACUCCAGACCACCAACUUGAGACUUGCUCAGUUUAGACCACUCAGCCACUGUCGCUAAAUGACAAUAUGACAAAAAGACAAUAUGACAAAAAGACAAUAUGACAAAAAGACAAUAUGACAAAAUGACAAUUUGACUUAACGAUAGUUUGACUUAAUGUAAAUAUGACAAUGUAACAAAAGAGACAAUAUGACAAAAUGAUAAUAUGACAACAGGACAAUAUGACAAUAUUCCAACAACUACACAACAUUUUUGAUUAUAUUCCAUCAAAACAAUGUUAUAUACUGGGCGUUUGGUUGAGAUCUGGUGAAAAUCACCCAACGGGGAAAAGGGUGGGGGGAGGGGGGAAGCAGACGCUAAAACAAAUUUGAUUAAAUUAAAAGAUGAAUGAUAAAUGAAGUCAUACAAAGUAGCAAUAUCCCCCAAUGUCGAAUCUCAUUGCCGAAUUUCUGUGUCAAAACUCAUUGCCGUAUCUCAAUGUCACACCUCAAUGUCGCUACUCAAUGUCGCUACUCAAUGUCGCUACUCAAUGUCGCUACUCAAUGUCGCUACUCAAUGUCGCAUCUCAAUGUCGCAUCUCAAUGUCGCAUCUCAAUGUCGCAUCUCAAUGUCGCAUCUCAAAGGUCGCAUCUCAGUGUCGCCUCUCAAAGGUCGAAUGUCAAUGUCGCAACUCAAUGUCGCAUCUCAAUGUCACAUCUCAAUGUCGCAUCUCAAUCUCAAAGCUCAAUGUCGCAUCUCAAUGUCGCAUCUCAAUGUCGCACUCGCAAUGUCGCAACUCAAUGUCGCAACUCAAUGUCGCACUCGCAAUGUCGCAACUCAAUGUCGCAACUCAAUGUCGCAUCGCAAUGUCGCAUCGCAAUGUCGUAUUUCAAUGUCGCAUCUCAAUGUCGCAUCUCAAUGGUGGCAUCUCAAUGUCGCAUCUCAAAGGUCGCAUCUCAAUGUUGCAUCUCAAAGGUCGCAUCUCAAUGUUGCAUCCUUAAGGUCGCAUCUCAAAGGUCGCAUCUCAAUGUCACAUCUCAAAGGUUGCAUCUCAAUGUUGCAUCUCAAAGGUCGCCUCUCAAAGGUCACAUGUCAAUGUCGCAUCUCAAAGGUCGCCUUUUAAAGGUCGCAUGUCAAUGUCGCAUCUCAAAGGUUGCAUCUCAAUGUCGCAUCUCAAAGAUUGCAUCUCAAUGUCGCAAAUCAAUGUCGCAUCUCAAUGUCGCAUCUCAAUGUCGCAAAUCAAUGUCGCAUCUCAAUGUCGCAUCUCAAUGUUGCAUCUCAAUGUCUCAUCUCAAAGGUCGCAUCUCACAGGUCGCAUCUCAAUGUCGCAUCUCAAUGUCGCAAAUCAAUGUCGCAUCUCAAUGUCGCAUCUCAAUGUUGCAUCUCAAUGUCUCAUCUCAAAGGUCGCAUCUCAAAGGUCGCAUCUCAAUGUCGCAUCUCAAAGGUCGCCUUUUAAAGGUCGCAUGUCAAUGUCGCAUCUCAAAGGUUGCAUCUCAAUGUCGCAUCUCAAAGGUUGCAUCUCAAUGUCGCAAAUCAAUGUCGCAUCUCAAUAUCGCAUCUCAUCGAAUGGCUUUCUGUGGCUGGGUCAACAUCUGGAAUGCGAGGAUGAUUCCAACACAACAAACUGCAACUCAAUAAUUUCUGUCUUCAGCUAAACAACCCCAUUCCUCUUCCGUUUCAAAUCUCACAAUUAACUGAACGACAAAGCCUUACGGGUAUGGCAUGCACGCAAAGGCGAACCGAGGGCAUAUGGAGGGCAUAUGGAAGGCAUAUGGGGGCAUAUGGAGCUCGCCGCGAUAACUAUAACUGCUCCCUUGUCAAGCUUAAAUUAUAAUUUUUUUUCAAAAAUAUAAAUGAGAUGUAGAAAAAAAUUAUUCAAAUCAAGGUGCGCAAAGAUGAAUUCAUCUAAAAAUUAAGAAAUUUUUUUUUUAUUAAAGAGCUUUGCUACUAUCAGACAACACACACACACACACACACACACACACACACACAAACACACACAGACUUAAACAUACAAGAUAAACGUUAAAUCCCUCAACCGUCCCUGGCGUUUCACUCAAUGGUAUGCAACUCAUGUUUGCUAACCUGUCGCGAUCAGAAAAUACGUCGCCAGGAUUCGGAGUGCCUGCCAUGUAUUUGUGUUUACAUCUGCGAGAAAAGACCCUUAUGUUCGUACCACAAGUCUUCUGUAAGUGUUCACAACACAAAUUCCCCAAACCCCCCCCCCCCACACACACACAAAUCGCGUUAAAUAACGCAACCCUGGCAAUUAUACGAAUGUCACAUGUAAAUUUGUGUGCACAGUUAUUAGAUGAUAACAAUUAGAAUAAGUGCAUGGGACGUGCAUGGGGAAUCUUACUAAUGUUUGAUAAGGGAGUCAUAGUAUACACAUUUUCAUUUAUUUUAUUCAUUUUUUCCCCCAGUUGAUUCUAAAGACGGAGGCUACAACUCGGCCCCAUUAACAACAACAACAACAACAACGUCUUUCACUGUGAUGGCGGUCUCGUUGUUGGUUCGCAAGAUGAUGAUUACCGGGGAAUGGAACUGAUGGGGGUGCAGACUGUAAAUAAAAUAAUAAUACUAAAAAAUUGUUGAUGUUACUGUUGUCUGUCACUGUAAAAAACAAAAAAAACAACAACCCAACAACAACAACAACCCAACAACACAAAAACAAAUGCUUUGAACUUAACCCUAACCAUCCAAAAAUUACACAGACUGGUUCACGGUUAAAGUU